UGAUCCUCCAGAGGGUCAGGCUCAGCAGCCAACUCUCGAAUGGCUUUUGUUUAGACAGAGAGCCCCCUGGAGGCAAAAGUUACAAACUGUGCCUUUAAGUUUAGUCUCCUUUGUGGAUUUUCCCAUCAAGGCAGCGCCAUGAGGCAACGGCAUGACGGCCAACGUGUGGUUUUCUCUGGGUUGGGUUUAAACGUGGUAACGUGUGGGAUAAUUUUGAGUGCACAAUGUAACAAAAUACAUAAGGAAGGACGAGUCCUUCUCAGACAUCUUGAUGUGGAAUUUCUACAUAUUGUCUCUUUAAAUAAGCCCCAUAUGUCUGCAGAUUUUGGUGCAAAACUCUUGAUGGUGUGUUUAUAUCCACCACACUGGUACACUCCAGCCAUCCUUUCCCAAGAUCUUCACUUUUCUGACAUUUUUCAGACUUUUCAGCGCAAUAUGCAAAAAUAUUCACAAAGCUAAACUGAUAUGUAAAUCACGCGCACAUCAAAGCUCACCCUGCUCUAUCCAUUGGACCCUCUCCAAGGACGGUGAAAGAGCCUCGUCACGUCUUGGGGGGAGAGAGAGCGGCAUCACUGACUGGUUAACGGGAGCCUUGGUUUGCGGCGUGAUCUCACGAGUGAGCGAGCGAGUGAGAGAGUGAGCGAGCCAGCAGUGUGGGCCAGAGGACGCUGGCUGACGGUGAUGCGCACUGAGCAGCUCGCCGACAAGGCUGCUCCCUUCCUUGGCAGGAGGGGCACUCGCGUUUGGAUAAAUGGAUGGAGUUUACGCGCAACGCCGAAGACGAUGGCUCGCCCCGCUCCUCCUCACCACCUCUCCGGCGCGCUGGUGAAUUCCUGAAGACGGACACAGCACCCGAGGAGGAGCGGUUGCCCGCCGGUUCCCCAAAUUUCCCAGGCUGUAGAUUGUGUUUUGUCAACAACGCCGGGGUGGAAGGUCUCGCAACACCGGAGGUGCACACAGUCUGAAAAUGUCCGACUUCCACAACCGGAGCCAAAGCAGCGCACGUCGCAGUGACUACGUGUGGCAGUACGAGUAUUACGACGACGAGGAGCCAGUGUCUUUCGAGGGACUCAAGGCGCACAGAUACUCCAUCGUUAUCGGCUUCUGGGUCGGACUCGCCGUCUUUGUCAUCUUCAUGUUCUUUGUUCUCACGCUGCUCACAAAGACCGGAGCGCCCCAUCAGGAAAACCUAGACUCUGCUGAAAAGCGCCAUCAACCGGGGAGCUGUCUGGUAGACAUCGAUGGUCCCCAGGAGGAAAAUGACAAAGCCUUCUCCCGCCCGUUGCUAGGGGAGUCCCACUCUUAUUUCCACUUCUACAUCAACGAGGAGGACCAGGGGAAACGGAGGCCGGACGACAAAAGAGGAGAGGACGCGGGGGCUUCGGCGCGGCAGGACGCCUGCGACCGGCCCCGAGGAACCAGCUCCUCCGGGAUGGAUGAGCUGGAGGAGGAUGCUGAGGAAACCGCGGGACGCCGGCCUCUCAGUGGACUAAUAGAGGAGUGUAAGACGGACAAAGAGUGCGCCUUCUUCUCCGAAUUCAACAUCCCUAACUUUGUGAACUUGGAGCAGAGUUCAACACUGGGAGAGGACGAUCUGCUGUACGAGGCGUCCAACAUGCUGGAGCGCCAGUCUCACUCUCAGGAUGCCCACUGUGACAUCCACUAAGGCUGUUUCUGCGUCAUCAUGCGAUUCGCUUUCCCCUCAUUUGUGACCCAGCAGGGAGACACAUGCCCACCUGUUGCACACUCACCCGGAGUUUCUUUUAGCCUUUUUAAACAAGCGCUCACUCAGAUAAAACAGCGAGAAAGCACAAAAGAUGGCCCGCAGUCCACAUGAAGUGACAUUUCUUCCUGAAGAUUUACCUUUGAGCACUAAGCUCGUCUGAGUGGUUCCAGGACCAGAUGAAUGAAGCGCCACAGAAUGAGAGGGACGUCACCGGGGAAGGAUUCUUUGUACAAUUCAAUCUUCUAUUAUUGCUGUCCUGUUAUCUUGUGCAACUCUGAACAAUGGACAUUAUCUCUCCAACGGGACGCAAAUGCCAGCUGGUCUCCAAACGAGAUUAAAAGCAUGAAAUUCAAUUAUUUUGUUCUAAAAUGACGUGCCCUCGAUUAGAAAAGGUGAAGUGUUCUCGAACCGUGUAAUAGGUUGCACAAAGUGAAAUCUCUUGUUCUGUUUACAGGGUUGGUUGACGUGAGACUUUGGGUGGCAGUGUGAUAUAUUACUUUUGUAGUUCUCUUUGAACGUCCAAAUAAAGCCUGAAUGGAUUUGAGACUCA